AUGGGCGAGCUGUAUGAACGCCUCUUCCGUAGUCAUGUUGCCAACGAUAUUUGGAUCGGAUUGAGUCACCCACCAGUUGGUGGUGAUUCACGAGUGCCACUGUCCAUACAGCCUACUCUAAGCGGAGGACCAAAAUCCUUGAUCGAUGCCGUGACAUGGCCUUUGCACAAUAAAAUGCCUAUCGCCCGGGCGGCCUCGACGCAUCGAUCUCUUGCCUCCGAACAUCGAUGCUUGGUCAAACUCGGAAGCACACCAGAAUUCGCGACACUGUAUCGCUCGAUAUUUCAGAUUUCGCAUACUCGGCGGUUCUCCGAAAUGACGAGAACCGUGUUCACCCACCCAGUGCGAACGUUAAGAAGACAGGGCUUGGGCUCCCAUCGUAACACAGGGACAGUUAAAAAUUGCAUAGAUUUAUAUGUGGCAUCCAAGAUAGCGUCCUUCGCGUCGACUCCUGUUUCGACAGACCAAUCAGGUUAUAACAAGGACGGGGUGGGUGCCCAAGCUAGCUAA